ACACACACCCUGUCUGUCUGUCUUGUUGCUCGGGUGUCCACACCACACAGCUCACACUCGUCUUCCUGCUCAUCUUCACGUUGAUGCCGCUGAACUCUGAGUCAGGCCAAUGAGGUACACGUUUAAGUCGGAUGACUGCAUGGUCAUCACCAUCCCGCUGGCCAAUCUGAGGAGCGCUCGGGACGGUCAGCUGAUGCCUGAGAAGUUCUCCUGUGUGUUUAAGGACAUGUACAAGGUCUUCCUGAGGGGACGACCCAAAAGCCUGGGGGCGGCACAGAUCACCACUGGCGUCUUCAUCCUGUGUUUGGGAGCGAUCAUCAUCAGCUACUUCGGCAGUGAACACGCCAUCCACAUCAUCCCCAGCUCCGUGUUUAUAGGGUGUGGAAUUCUAACCUAUGCAGCAGGACACUCCCCGCUGAUGCCUGUGAUGAAAAUGUCCUUUAUCUUCAACAUCAUCGGUCUGUUCUGGGCCAUCGCUGCUCUUGCUAUAUGUCCACUGACACCUUUUACCUCGGCUAAACCGGAGCAUAAUAAGAUGUAUAUCGGGUUAAAGGGAGUUCUGGUAGUGCUGCACGCUCUUCAGUUCAUCCUGGCUGCAGUGAUGAUCUUCUGGGAGAGUAAAGCCGUGUGCAGAACCCAUUUCAACACCCUGCCCAUGAUCACUCUGAAGCAGGACCAGUGAGCGGUGAAGAACAUCACACGCAGAACCGGACAAGAUAAUAAAAACUCAAACCAUUAAAUAGAGUAUAGACUAACCCACUGUUGUAUCAGCUAGUGAGUUUAUGUUUAUACACUGUAUACUGUAUAUAUAUACUCUUUAUGUACAAUCUUUACUAUUAAUGCCUAUAAAACAUUUGAUCAUUUUCUUUAUUCAUGUCUCAAUUCUUCAUAUACUGUAAUUUAGAUUUAAAGGCUUAUUAUUUCUGUAUUCUUCUUUCAUCUAAAUGUAUCAACCACUGUUGCCUCUGAAAUAUCUUCUGAUCUGUUAAUGAUGUCAUUAUGUACCAGUGGGAGGAGCCAAACUAUAAUAUGGAAAUGUAUAAAAAAUAUACCAAUAAUAUAAUGAAUUUAGUUUAUUUCUCUUUUCUCUAUUGAUUAUAUCACUGUCAUUGAAGUCAUUGCAUCUGAUGAAGCUAAGAAUGUAUACAUGCUUAUUCUGUUAAUGUCUGAAAAUAAAUAUAUAAAUAUAAAUAUAACAGACACAUUACUCGCAUUUCAUUGGAUAAUACAUACAAUAAAAAGCUUAUGAAAUAUGUUUCCAAUACAAACUGCACUUCGAAGUCUCUAAAUACAUUCCAAUUCAAUCUCACUAGGGAAAAAAACACAACGCAUCCAGCAAGAACAAAAAAUUUAAUAUUUAAAAUAUAUUUAUUUUAUACAUUGUUAAAAACAUUCAUGAGGGAUCUGUCUCUUGGCUAUCUGGGCCAUGCUAACGCAACAGUAGCGAUGUCAGGCAAAGCUCUUAGUCAGCGUGCUAACACAAUGAUAGCAAUAUGGGAACUAGCCUGGUCACUGGUGUACU